UCUUUGGGGGAGCUGGGGGGACAGGGACUGUGAGAUCGUCAAAGGAAAUGAGUAACAGCUUAGAGAGUUGAAAUAUUUUCAAGCUGAGGAAGAUCAUCUGAAUAUACUCUGCUCUAUUCCUCUCUAUCAAAACCUUGCUGGAUUAACAGGGUUUUCUGAUGGUACUUUAGCAAAGCUGGAGCCAAAAGUCCUGCAUGUUCCACUGAGAUCCAGUUGAGACCCACUCACUAACAUGGCUAAGACCCUAAAUUUAGAGUAAGACAGCACAAGUAUUUUAGAAUUUCCACAGGGAGUAAACUGAGUCCCAGGCUUGGAGUCUUAGACCAGGGUGAACUGGUGCCCACCACUUACGGUAAGAAGCAGUGUGCCGAUGUUAUCACCCACUGAGGGGCAAUCGGAGUCCCCACACACGACUGGUAACUGGAAUGCAGGUGUAAUAAGAGAAGAUGAUCUAAACUUUCCGUGUCUUCUAUAUCAAAUGAAAUAACACCUGAAAUACAGAGAGGAGAAUCGAGGCAUAUAACCCAGGUGCUCCCGAGAAGACUGUGCUGAGGGCUCCACACUCUGCUGAUCUUCUACAUCUCAGAGAAAGAUCUGGACAACUAUGAACUUUAUCUUUUGUCUGGGUGUCCUUGCUGGGACAGUAUUCUCUGCUCACUCGCUUGUGCAGAAAGAAGAUCAUGCUCCAUAUUUGGUAUACCUCAAGUCUCAUUUCAACCCCUGUGUGGGUGUCCUCAUCAAAAACAACUGGGUGCUGGCUCCAGCUCACUGCUACUUACCAAAUCUGAGAGUGGUGCUGGGAAAUUUCAAGAUCAGAGUCAGAGAUGGAACUGAGCAGAUCAUUAACCCCAUUAACAUCAUCCGCUACUGGAACCAGAGUCACAGCAACCCCCAGGAUGACCUCAUGCUCAUUAAGCUGGUCAAGCCUGCCAUCCUCAACCACAAGGUCCAGCCAAUUUCCCUUGCCACCAGAAGCGUCCAGCCAGGUACCACCUGUGUGCUCUCGGGGCUGGACUGGAGCCAAGACAACAACGGCAGACACCCUGACUUACGGCAGAACCUGGAGGCUCCUGUGAUGUCUGACAAAGACUGCCAGCAAACCGAGCAAGGGCGGACCCACCGGAACACCUUGUGUGUCAAGUUUCUAAAAGUGUUCAGCAGAAUUUUUGGGGAGGUCGCCGUAGCAACUGUUAUCUGCAAAAACCAGCUCCAAGGGAUUGAGGUGGGACACUUCAUGGGAGGAGAUGUUGGCAUCUACACCAACGUUUACAAAUACAUAUCCUGGAUUGAAGACAUCACUAGAGAGAAAUGAGACCCUUCUUUCCCUCUGCAUCCUACUGGCUCUGCCGGAAGUACUGAACAAGCCAUUACUUCCCCCAAACUCAAAAAUAAAUAAAUAAAUAAAUCUCUAAAUAAAAAUCUUUGGAUGC